AGAAAAUUAUUUAUUAAAUUUUUUUGUAUGUUAAUAUUGCAAAAUCUUUUGCUCUAGUGUUUCACAAAAGAUUUAUAUAUACUUUCACGUACGCAUGCAUGAGAUUCAAUUCCUAAACUAUACAAUGCCUUGCAGGUUAUAAGUGCAAUUUUUUGGAGGUUCUCAAUCUAUGUGAGAUUAAAUACUUAUAAAUUUCCAAACUUGGCAAAUGUAUGGUAGCGUCAUAUGUAUAAUAAUUAAUAUUUAGAGUGUUGAUUUUAUACAUGGUCGGCCAAAUAGAUUUAGCUGCCCAAAACAUUCUUAAGCCCACACAAUUAAUAAAGUCACAAAAAAACAGUUUUGGGACAAGGACAAAAACCUAGGAGCUAACCACUGUACUACAUAAUAUUUUGUGAAAGUGAUGCCCUUUACUGCUAUAUAUAAAUUUUGGCGCCUAAAGCAAGGGCUUUACCAGCUUUAGCUCAGGGCCGGCCGGACUGUUUCUAAUAGGAUUUGGAUUUGAGUUUUCAUAUAAAUAGAGCUACCAAGGUUGUGGUAAGCUUAUGAGUUUUGAGAGAGAAGUUUGAGAGAUUGUGUUUAAGAGAUUGAGAGAGAUCCAAAGUUUUGAGUUAGUUUCUUUUGCUAUCAAUAAAGAGAGUUCCGAUAAUCAAAGCUCAAUCAAUGGAAGAGAGCUGUGCGAUUGGAGGAUUGGAAUUGACGCCGAGGAAGAAGAAGGUGUGUGGGAUAUGGUCGUUGCCAGAUUCGGUGGCUUUGAUCUGCCUGGCUCAAUUGUCGAGAUUGGAUCUCGCUGCCUUUGCUAUCGCUUCCAAGGAACAGCGGUCUCUCGUAGGGUCCCUUGAGCUCUGGGACUUGAGAUAUGAGAUGGGUUGCUCCGAGCUAAGUCUCUACGUAUUAUUGCACAUAUUUCCAGAACCAAACCCACGUUGGUUCAUAUUCCACCCUGUGCAACGUCGGCUGAAACCGAUCCAUUCGAACCUGAAUCCGAAUCCGGUUCCGGAAGCAGAAUCAGCUUUCGUGUUUGCGGAUUGGGGAAUCUUUGAUAUCGGUGGAGUCAUAAAGGGCGAGCGCACUUGCCAUGUCUCUUUUUUCGAUUGUUUCGGGCACAUAUGGCCCCGUCUCCCGUCCAUGAAGAUAGCUCGAAGCAGAGCAUCGGCGAGCCUAAUAGACGACAAGAUAUAUGUGUUUGGAGGCUGCACUGAUUAUGGUGAUUCCUCAAACUGGGCAGAGGUAUUCGAUCUCAGGACCCUAACUUGGGAUUUCUUGUAUGUGUCUACCCCUCCCCAACAUAUCCGACAAAGUGUGUUGAUGAGAGACAAGGAGGAGGUUUACGUGGUGGAUGAGGAUGGUCAAACCAUGUCCUUUUCACCAAGUAAAUCUCUAUUUGUGGCCAACGGAAAUGCUGAGAAAACCCAAGAAGAACACCUAACUGAUUGGUGUUUAUUUGGGAAACACUUAUUCUGCGCUGGUAAAGGCCGGAGGAUACUGUGGUGUUUCCCAUAUGAGUUGGAUUGGAAGGAAGUCAAGGGUUUGGAAAAUCUUCAAUCUCUCUGUGGUAAUAAUGAAAUCAUCAACCUCUGCCCCAUGACUCAUAAGACGAUUGCCAUCUUCUGGAUAGUGCGGCCUCAUGAUGAUGAUCCUUUCAUUUUGGAGCUUUGGUCUGCCGAGAUUUCUUUCUCGAACAGCAAGCGACGCGGGACUAAGGCGGGGAAGAUUCACUGAUGGGAAUUUUCUUACUCUCGUGCUGAAUGUGAAAGGUUCCAGCUGAUAAACACAACAUAGCAAAG